GGGUCACUCAGGCUGGGCAGCAGGAAGUGAAUCGCGCUUGCUGCAGUGACUGGGGCGUUGUGAGGAGCCCACGCUCCUUACAAGAUCCCUGAGCCCCGGCCGCUGCUGCUGGGACCCCGGAGCCCUGGCUGCAGCCGGGAGAGGUGAAUCUCGAGCAGUAACAUUCCCGGUGCUCCCCAGGAGCCUCUCCCGGUGCAGAGACCCCAGCCUGGCCAGGACCCCCCUUUCCGGGCCCCAGCCCCUGCUCCCAGGGAGGGCACCGCUUGGAGGGAAGAUGCUGGUGACUUUCGAGGACGUGGCUGUGUAUUUCACCGAGGGGCAGGGGGCCCUGCUGGACCCUGGUCAGAGAGCCCUGUACAGGGAAGUCAUGGAGGAGAAUUAUGAUAAUGUGACCUCACUGGGAUUUCCCAUUCCCAAACCUGACCUGAUCACCCGGCUGGAACGAUGGGAAGAGCCAUGGGUAUCCGAUCUCCAGGCCUGCCAGGAAAGGGAGAUUCUGAGAGAUACCCACAUAGCAGGUGAUAAGCGAGAGAGUGAGAAAGAGGAGGAUCAUCAAUAUCAGGAAUUUCCUGGGAAAGUGGAACCACAGAGGACCUUUGGGAGAAGAGCUUUAGGGAAUUUCUCUCAGUGCUUGGAACAAGGAAAAGCCUCUGGAAAUCAGCACUUGUCAGAGAGGCUAUUCAGAAACCAGCCUACCAAGAAAGUGGCUAAAUCUAUUAAAUAUGUGGGAGGAUGCAAGGAUCCUGAGGAAACCACAGCCCAGCAGACAAAUCACAAGAAAGAGAAACCCAACCAGUACCUCAAAUGUGGGAAACAAUUCAUUCUGAGAUCACGCCUUCUUACACAUCAGACAAUCCAUAUGGGAGAGAAACCCCAUAAAUGCUUUGAGUGCGGGAAGAGCUUUAGCCACAGCUCAUACCUCACUGCACACUGGAGGACCCACACUGGAGAGAGACCUUAUAUAUGCUUGGACUGUGGGAAAAGCUUCAGUAACAGCUCAAAUCUCACUAAACAUCGGAGAAUCCACACGGGAGAAAGACCAUAUAAAUGCCCAGACUGUGGGAAAUGUUUCAUUCAGAAGUCAACCCUUGUUACACAUCAGACAAUCCACACUGGAGAAAAACCCCAUAAGUGCUUAGACUGUGGGAAAAGCUUUAGCCACAGCUCAUACCUCAUUAGGCAUUGGGGGACCCACUUGGGAGAGAGACCCUAUAAAUGUCUCGAGUGUGGGAAAAGUUUCAUUCGGAACUCGCACCUUAUUAGACAUCAGAGAAUUCAUACUGGAGAUAAACUUCAUCAAUGCCUCCACUGUAGGAAAAGUUUCAUUGAGAGACCAAACCUUAUUAGACAUCAGACAAUCCACACAGGAGAGAGCCCCCAUAGGUGCUUGGAGUGUGGGAAAAGUUUCACACAGAGAUCAGCUCUUGUUACACAUCAAGCAAUCCACACAGGAGAGAGACCUCAUAAGUGCUUGGACUGUGGAAAAAGUUUCAUUCAGAGAACAAACCUUAUUUCACAUCAGACAAUACACACAGGAGAGAAACCUCAUAAAUGCUUGGAUUGUGGGAAAAGUUUUGCUCACAAUUCAGGCCUUAUUGUGCAUCAGAGAAUCCACACAGCAGAGAAGCCCUAUAAAUGUUUGGACUGUGGAAAAAGUUUCAGUCACAAAUCAAAUCUUACUAAACAUCAGAGAAUCCACACGGGAGAAAGGCCAUAUAAAUGCCUGGACUGUGGGAAAUGUUUCAUUCAGAAAUCAAGCCUUGUUACACAUCAGACAACCCACACUGGAGAGAGACCCCAUAAGUGCUUGGACUGUGGGAAAAACUUUAGCCACAGCUCAUACCUCACUAGACAUUGGAGGACACACACGGAGGAGAGACCCUAUAAAUGCCUUGAGUGUGGGAAAAGUUUCAUUCAGAGUUCACACCUUAUUAGACACCAGAAAAUUCAUACUGGAGAUAAACCUGAUAAAUGCCUCCACUGUGGGAAAUGUUUCACUGAGAGAACAGACCUUAUUAGACAUCAGGCAAGCCACACAGGAGAGACCCCCCAUAAAUGCUUGGAGUGUGGGAAAAGUUUCAAUCAGCGAUCAAACCUUAUUAUACAUCAGAGAAUCCACACAGGUUAUACCCUUCAUAAAUGCCUUGACUGUGGGAAAAGCUUCAGUAGGCGCUCAGAACUUACUAAACAUCAGAGAAUCCACAAGGGUGAGACCCUAGAAAUAGCUUAAAGAACAGGAGUACUUGUGGCACCUUAGAGACUAACAAUUUUAUUUGAGCAUAAGCUUUCAUGGGCUACAGCCCACUUCAUCGGAUGCACAGUAAGGAGAUAUAUAUA